CUUCUAUGGGAGCGAUGCCAGAGCAUCUCUUAGAAGUGUCACUGGCCAGCUUUAGAACCGGGACAAUAGAUUGAUUACCAGACGGACUUAAUGGUUUCUUCACGAGAAAAUGGAAGUGUUGUCCAGGUUGGAGAAUUGUUACCUUGCAAGAUUUGUGGAAGAACAUUCUUUCCAGUAGCAUUAAAAAAACAUGGACCCAUUUGUCAGAAAACUGCCACUAAAAAACGGAAGACUUUUGACUCAAGCAGACAAAGAGCAGAAGGAACUGAUAUUCCAACAGUAAAACCUCUUAAACCUAGGCCAGAACCACCAAAGAAACCAUCUAACUGGAGAAGAAAACAUGAAGAAUUCAUUGCUACCAUAAGAGCAGCUAAAGGCCUGGAUCAGGCACUUAAAGAGGGUGGCAAACUUCCUCCUCCUCCUCCACCUUCUUAUGAUCCUGAUUAUAUUCAGUGUCCAUAUUGCCAGAGGAGAUUCAAUGAAAAUGCGGCUGAUAGACAUAUAAAUUUCUGUAAAGAACAGGCAGCACGUAUUAGUAAUAAAGGCAAAUUUUCUGCUGAUACCAAAGGAAAACCAACUACUAGGACACAGUAUAAACCACCUGCACUUAAAAAGUCAAAUUCUCCUGGAACCACAUCAUCGGGAUCUUCACGAUUACCACAGCCAAGUGCCACUAGCAAAACUGUUGUAGGUGUGCCUUCAGGAAAAGUGUCUUCAGUUAAUAGCUCUUUGGGGAACAAACUUCAGGCCUUAUCUCCCUCUCAUAAAGCAGUAGCAGCUCCUCAAGCAGGUAAGAUGGACAAAUUAGGCCCUCCACUUCGAACUGGAAGACAUGUGCAAAGGUUAUAUGACAGUGAUACAAAAUCAGACAGUGCCUUCAAAAGACAUGAGUUAUUACCCAUUUACAAAACUAACAUCAAACCUCGAAAUUCUACACCACCCAGUUUGGCAAGAAAUUCUGCGGCAGGUGUAUUUAUAAGCAAAAGAAAAACACAUACUGAGAGCUACAUAGCUAGGCCAGAUGGGGACUAUGCAUCUGCACUUAAUGGUGGAAACAUUAAAGGCAUAGAAGGAAACUCGUCUGGACACUUACCAAAAUUCUGUCACGAGUGUGGGACAAAAUACCCUGUAGAAUGGGCAAAGUUUUGCUGUGAAUGUGGCAUUCGAAGAAUGAUUCUGUGAACAGAAUCUUAAAAAGAGUCAGGUUCAGAGUUUUAUGAUUAUUGCUUCUUGGAUAGUUUAAAUACUUCCCGUAGUUAUCUUGUGCUUAAACUAUUCAAAACACUGCUUUCAUAAUUUUUGGAGCAUAAUACUUCAGUUGAGUAAUGUGUUUGUAUAUAUGUGUAUAUGUAGUGUAUAUAAUAAAUACCCGAGAGCCCAAGCUGUGCCAUUUUAGGAAAUACUCACUUGUCAGAAAAUAAUUUCCAGUGGAGUCCUUAACUUAGAUAUUCUUCUGUUAAAACAUAUUCAGUGUACCUUCAGAAACACUCUAGUGCUUAGCUGUUCAAGCUUUAGGAUAAUCACAAGUUUGAACAAAAUAUCAUAUUAAACAUUGCUGUUGUUUGUGCCUAGGAUCAGAGUAUCAUAGCUGAUAGGACACUUGGAAUUUUGUAAUUGAAGAGGUUUUAGUUUUUUUCAGUUGAUGUGAAGUCAUUUUUCCGGUUGAACUCUUCAACAGCUAACUCUCUGUUACAAAAAAAGAGAAGGGGGGAAAAAAUCCCCAAGGUGUUUGUUGUCCCUAAUUAAAUAGAUUAUAUAAUGGAAGGAGCCUUACAUAUUCUGUGAAAAUGUAAUUACUCAAUUUCCUUUCCAGAAACACAAGACUAAACAUAUAAAUGUAAAUUAUCAUACCUGGUUUUUUACACAUGUGUGUACAUUAGUUGAACAUACAUUCUACUUCAUUUGUGUUCCUUAUUUUUACUUUCUUUUUUUUCCAUAACUUGUCUGAAGAAUAGUUUUAAUUUUUCCAAUUUGCUGCAUCUUUGCAGUAUUUUAAGAUGCAAUUAAUUAAGACUUACAAAAGAUUGGGGGGGGGUCUCGACAAUUCUAGGUAAGUGCUCUGCCACUGAGCUACAUCCCCCAUCCCUUUUCAUUUUAUUCUGAGACUGAGUCUUGCUAAGUUGCCCAGGCUGGUCUCCUUGUAAUCCUUCCUUCUCAGCCUCCCUGGGAUCUAGCAUUAUAGGUAUGCGCUACUUCACCUAUCAAGAUGCAGAAAUUUCUCUGUAAAACCUUACACAUUUAAACAUAUUUUUAUUUCUGUGUAGCUGAAUUUAUAAAAAAGGCAUUUUAAAACAAACCACCUCACGUUAAUAAAUAUAAUUGUGGUAAUUAUUACUGCUGAGUAUGCAGGUAAAAAGUAUUUGAAUUUAAGUUCUUUAUGGUAUAUUUAGAUGUAGAUAUGAGUAGGUUAAGAGAAUAUCUAACUUCCUACUCGUUUUUCAUACUUUACUGCUUAAUGUUGAAAAUCCAUUUAUCACAAUAAGAACCACUGAGAAUGUAUUAAUUGAAUGCAUAGUUUACUUAUAUAACUAAAAAUUCACAAAAAUUUAUAAUUUCUUUUGACUAAAAUAGAACUUUUGAUCAUUGUCACUUACAGUUUAAUAUAAGUAGCUUUCUUUCAUAGCUUAUCCAGCCAUAUUCACUAACUCCUUACUAACUAUGUUCAAUCAAAUCGAAGUCAGCCUGAUCUUAGUAUAAAUCUUUUAUUUAGUAUUUUCUGUCUUUUGGUUUAUAAUUUUGAUCAACUAUAAGGAUCAGUGUCAAAUUUUAUGGCUUAGAAUUUCAUUUGUCUGAAAUUGAGUUUUUGUUUUAUUUUUAGAUCAGGAAGGUAUUAUAAACUUAGUGAUAAGAGGAAUUGUUAGUUUUACUUAACCUUAUAGUUCCUUUCCUGAUUUUUUUUACUAGUUUUUUUCCCCCAGUUAACUUGUACAGUAUUUAAAAAGUCCAUCAACUCAACCUGUACUGAAUUUAGAAAACUAAUGCACCUACUAGAUUUCCAUUUCAGUAACUUCUAAUCUCUAAUUGUUAUGAACCAUAUGAAGAAUUUAGAAUUGUGUUUUUCUAGGAAUGAACACUAUUUUCUUUCAAAUAUGUUUCCAAGACCACAUAUCUUUUUUUCUCAAGGAAAAGGUGAGUUUAAAUUAAAUAAAUUGGCAAGUCUUUGUUUCUCACUGAAUUUUUCAGUAGUAAGUAAAUAUUAUAAGGUACUCUAUGGAAAUGAGUUGGUAAGCAAUCAUCCAACUCCAGAGCCCAGAGAUAAUUAUAAACAGUAAGUAGGUGAAACUUGACUUAUGAAACAUGUUGUGACAACAUAUUUAAGUGUAUUUUAUAUUACUUGCAUAUUUUAGUCUCACAUUGGUUUGUUGUGCAAUAGUGUUAAACAAUCAUACUAUGCAUCAUUUAUUUUAUUUUUAUUUAUUUGCACAAGUAUUUGCCAGUAUGAUAGAAUGAAAGAUUACUGUAAGCUUAAGUUAAAAAUGUAAAUAAUCACUUAUAUGUUAUUCUGGAAGUUAGCUUGAAAAAGAUUAUUGUGACUACUAUUUCCUGUUCAUUGUAUGUUUUUUAUGUCUUCAUUUUGAACCAAU